CCCACUUCGCUUGUCGCUGGACAAUGACGUAGGUUUUACUCGCUGUUUACAAUGGCGACCACUUUCUAAAUGAAGUAAAGAUACAUUUACAGUAGCGAACAAAUACCCAGCGAACGGUAGAAAAACCAAGAAGUCUCUUUUGCAAUGUCCAACAGAACAGCAUAUUUUUAUGAUCCGGAUGUGGGGAACUUUCAUUAUGGUGCUGGUCACCCUAUGAAACCCCAUCGUCUCUCGCUGACGCACAGCCUUGUUUUGCACUAUGGCCUCUACAAAAAGAUGCAGGUUUUUAAACCAUAUAAAGCCUCACAACAUGACAUGUGCCGAUUCCACUCAGAAGAUUACAUUGACUUUCUGCAGAAGGUCAGCCCCAACAAUAUGCAGGGUUUCACAAAGAGUCUCAACACCUUUAAUGUUGGGGACGACUGGUAACGUGUCCUCUGUCAGCCCUGUAUUCCCAGGCCUGUUUGAGUUCUGCUCCAGGUAUACAGGAGCAUCUCUACAGGGAGCGACACAGCUAAACCACAAGAUAUGUGACAUCGCCAUCAACUGGGCCGGGGGUCUUCAUCAUGCUAAGAAAUUUGAGGCCUCUGGAUUUUGCUAUGUGAAUGACAUUGUCAUCAGUAUACUGGAGCUUCUGAAGUACCACCCGCGUGUGUUGUACAUAGACAUUGACAUUCACCAUGGUGAUGGGGUGCAGGAAGCCUUCUACCUGACUGAUCGGGUCAUGACUGUAUCCUUCCACAAGUACGGGAACUACUUCUUUCCAGGGACAGGUGACAUGUAUGAGGUAGGGGCUGAGAGUGGCCGGUACUAUUGCCUGAACGUGCCUCUCCGGGAUGGGAUCGAUGACCAGAGCUACAGGCAACUCUUUCAGCCAGUCAUCAAGCAAGUGGUGGACUUCUACCAGCCAACCUGUAUCGUUCUUCAGUGUGGGGCUGACUCUCUGGGCUGUGACAGAUUAGGGUGCUUCAACCUCAGUAUACGAGGCCAUGGGGAGUGUGUGGAGUUUGUGAAGAGCUUCAGGAUUCCCCUGCUGGUACUGGGAGGAGGAGGGUACACAGUACGCAACGUGGCCAGAUGCUGGACCUAUGAGACCUCCCUCCUGGUUGAUGAGCCAAUUAGUGAUGAGCUGCCCUAUAGCGAGUACUUUGAGUAUUUUGCCCCAGACUUCACACUCCACCCAGAUGUCAGCACCAGGAUAGAGAACCAGAACUCCCGACAGUACCUGGAGCAGAUCCGUUCGACGGUCUUUGAGAACUUGAAGAUGUUGAACCAUUCCCCCAGUGUCCAGAUCCACGAUGUGCCCUCGGACAUCCUGAGCUACGAGCGCACUGACGAGGGAGACCCAGAUGAGAGGGGUUCAGAGGACAACUAUUCCAGGCCAGAGGCAGCCAAUGAGUUCUACGAUGGUGACCAUGACAACGACAAGGAGAGCGAUGUGGAGAUUUGAACGCUCAGAUGUCAGACUUUUCCCCUCUGGUCGCUCAUGAUAUUAUUGGGAAACCAUCAAGGCUGCAGUCAGUUGACCAAACUUCUUUUCCCCAACAAAUGGACUAUUCAAUGUCCAUACUAUACUCAGAGCGAGACCACCAUUUAUUCCUUUAUUUUUUACUAUGUCUAUCAUGGAGUAUGUAGAGGACAUUGUCAAGCACUUAAUGUUAUUCCUCACGUUUUGUAAACAGGUGUAGACUAACAGUGAAAUGCUUACUUACACAGUGAGUAACAAUAACAGCUAUAUGUGCAGGGGUACGAGGUAGAUAUGUACAUGUGACUAGGCAACAGGAUAAACAGCAAUGUGAGUCAAGGCACAUUCUGAUUCACCUGAAGACAGCCUAGAGGGGCCCAAUACAGCCAGAUUAACAGAGGGCAUGAUUGUGUAUGAAACAUCUGGGCCUUAUUCAUCAGCACAGGAUAAAGAGGAAAAGACUUCCCCUUGGUCCAAAGGGCGUUGACUUCCUGUGGUUGCUAGGUGAGGCUUAUUUACCAGUUUUCACUUCACACACUGGGAUCAGAGGUCGGUCAUCUGAAUAACAAGUUAAAAUGUUUUGAUCUUUUUUUUUCAUAAAAUAAAUAGGAAAACUGUAUGGCUACAAUGCUUCCAAUCUAUAAAUACUCAAUUUGAUAUUUAGAAAGUGAACUCAGACCACCUGUGUUGUAAAACUUUAUUACGCAGUCAUUCACAUACAUAAGACUUCAAAACGUUUUUCUAUGGUCAGAAUCAGACAGAGGUCGUACAUUUGGGUGUGAAGGCAACCAUUUACAUUUCAGAAUUGUCCAAUAAAUACUUUAUACAUUAAAAUAAUGUUACCUUUUUAAAACCAGAAAGAGUCACUUGAAGCUGCAGUCAUAAAUGCUGCUUUUUGUAAAGGAACUUCAAAAGAGUUAUAUCUGGAGACAAGACAUGAUUCAUUCUCUAACUAGAACAGCAAACCACAGAGACAGCAUUUGACAAAGGUCUGUGCUCAGGCCAGGUAACAUUCACCAUACUAGAGGAUGAUGUUGAGAACCAUCUGACCAGCCCACCUUAAAAAACAACAGAAGGGCUCAAACUAAAGUGCAUUUGACAAAUGCCGGGACUGGUGAGGUGUCCUGUUUGAGACUGAGGCACUGUGGGUAUAUCUGCUUCCUCAAAACUUUGAUUAAUUUCCUCCCCCAGGCACAGACAACAUGACCGUCUCAGUGGACAGACUGACAGACCAGUAUAAAGUGGAGCAGAGGGGUACAACAGGUUAUUAUACUGCUGGUUUAGUGUCGUCUAAAGCUCCUCACUCUCGUACAGGGGGGCCGUGUGCUGGGGGGGGUCCGGAAACAGGAUGGGGAGAUGGCGGAGUAGGGGGACUUUAAAAUGCUUGCCUGUAGGGGGGCAGGCUUGUUGGUGCGAGCUGCAGAGACAGAAUGAAAUAAAAAGGUCAGGAUAUAUUCAGAAUAGAACCCUUGAACCUCUAAUGCAAUAAGAGGAAGUGUGUUUGAGCCAGGUAAUAAAACAUUUAAAUAAA